GCCGCCAUCUUGGACCGGGCGUUCGUCACGUCUUGACCGGAGGAGGAGAGGAGAAGGUAAGAAACCGAAGAAAGAGAAGAGAUAUUGCAGGAGGAGAGAUACUGGAGAAGGAGAGAACCGGGGAGGGAGAGAACCGGAGGAGGAGGAGGAGAGAUGCCGGAGUCGUGCGCUGCGUGGGGCUGUAAAAACCGCCGCACGGUGCGGACCAAGAAUCAGGGGAUCACCUUCCAUAAGUUUCCCCAGCAGAAGGCUCUGCGGAGGCAGUGGGAGGCUGCGCUGAGGAGGAGAGGCUUCUCCGCAUCCAGCUCCUCCGUGCUCUGCAGCGCCCACUUCCGUCCGGAGGACCUCGACACCACGGGCCAGAUCGUCCGGGUCAGAGCCGGGGUCAGACCGUCCGUCUUCUGCUUCAGCAAGAGCCUGCAACCCCCGGGGGUCCGCCACGGUUCUACAGCAGCCUCUGACAGAACCAGAACCAGCAGGUCGGCCUCACACAGAGCUGCAGUGACGCCGUGUCUCUCCUCCUGCAGGCGGACAGUUCCCCCUGCUGUUCCCUGUCCUCCCUCUGCUGUUCCCUCUCCUCCCUCUGCUGUUCCCUCUGUUCCCUCUCCUCCCCCUGCUGUUCCCUCUCCUCCCCCUGCUCCUCCUUCUCCUCCAGUGUCUACAGAGGCGGAGCCGCAGUCAAACGUGCAGGACCACUCGUACGCGCUGCCCGAGUCCUUCAGCGACCUGAAGACCAGACUGAGCGAGGCCUUGUCCCGGGUGGACAGUCUGGAGCGAGAGAUGAGGAACGCCAAGGACCGCGAACGGAGGGCCAAGAGCAUGCUGCACUUCCUGCUGGCGUACCUGAGGAGGAAGAACCUUCUGAACGAGGAGCUGAAGGAGAGAUUCAGCUUCUACUCGGGGAAAAUCAUCUAAUCCGCUUUCUACGUGGACUCGGGGGGUUUUGGGUUGGAGGGUGGGGUUAUCUCUGGCUGACUGGGACUGAGGGAUUAGCCAGGCUGGACUUCCUGUUUCCUGUCCUCGUCUCUGGCAGCUGCGUUGGAUAUUCAACAUAAGACCAAAAAAACAAAAAAGUCCCGCUGUCGUAGCUGUUAGUAUUUUUCAUUUUAAUAAAGUCGACUGAAAACCCGAA